AUGUGCUCCCGCGGCUCCUGCCACGACUACGAGUCCUCGUGCCACGGCUCCCGUUCCGCGUGCCACGGCUCCCGCUCAUCCUGCCUGCGCUCCUGGUUCUCCUGCCACUCCUCCCGCUCCUCCUGCCACGAGCCGGAGCCUCCCUGCCGCGUCCCCCAGGCGCAGCCGGUGCAGAAAUGCGCCUACACGAGGCCCUGCUGCCCCCCGGUGCAGCGCUACUGUCCCCCUGUCCCCUACUGUGCCCCUGUCCCCUGCUGCCCCCCCGUGCAGCGUUAUUGUCCCCCUGCCUGUCCCCCUGUCCCCUGCUGUCCCCCUGUGCAACGUUAUUGUCCCCCAGUCUGUCCCCCUGUCCCCUGCUGCCCCCAGUACACCAAGAACAUCUGGAACCUUCCACCGGCAUGCCAGAAGUUCUGA